UUGGCUUUGGGAGUUGCUGAUUGUCUUCAAUUAAUUUUUGUUUUAUUUUUUUUUCUUCUUAGUAAAGCGCUUCAGAGAACCAAAGCACGAAAGACGUCCCUGGAGGAUAUGGUUUUUAGAUACUUCCAAGCAAGCCAUAGGGAUGUUGUUCAUCCACUUUGCAAAUGUCUAUUUGUCAGACCUUACAGAAGAAGACCCCUGUUCACUGUACCUUAUCAACUUCUUGCUCGAUGCCACCUUGGGAAUGCUGCUGAUCUACAUCGGGAUCCGAGCCGUCAGCAGCCUCGUGGAGUGGCAGCAGUGGGAGUCCCUUCGCUUUGGGGAAUAUGGUGACCCCCUGCAGUGCAGUGCUUGGGUGGGCCAGUGUGCUCUGUACAUAAUGAUUAUGACAUUUGAGAAAACCAUCAUCAUCAUAGUGCUGCUUAUACCUCAGUGGAAAGAGGUGGCUUUAUUGAAUCCCAUAGAGAACCCCCAGCUGGAGCUGGCCAUCGUCAUGCUGAUAGUUCCCUUCUUUGUUAAUGCAUUGAUGUUCUGGGUAGUAGAUAAUUUUCUUAUGAAGAAAGGGAAGACAAAAGCUAAACUUGAAGAAAAGGAAGCAGGACAAGAUUCAAGAAAUGGAAGUAAAGUCCGGUACAGGAGAGCAGCGUCACAUGAAGAGUCAGAGUCAGAAAUCCUGAUUUCAGCCGAUGACGAGAUGGAGGAGUCGGAGGCCGAGGAGGAUCUGCGCAGGCUGACCAGCUUGAAGCCCAUCAAGAAGAAGAAGCACCGCUUUGGUCUGCCCGUAUGACACAGCCCCUGGCCUGUGUGAUUGCAGGUUUUUCGUGGCAAAAAGAACUUUGUCAGUGGGGUUUAAUGUUGCAAUUGCAUCUCCGUUCGCAUACAAACUGACUCAAAAAGCAAGGUCUCCCAACAGAAGGGGAGCAGUUGGAAGACUUCCAGCUCAGUUGCACUACAGACACACUGACCAAUUAUGCAAGAAUGUCUUCUCAUCAUGGGUGAAAAACUGCAGAGGUGUUAAAGAUGAGUCACUAAGGAGUUUUGUGUCAGAGAAGAUCAGAGAGAACAGAUCAGAAUCUUUCACUUUUGGUUACUGAUGAGACAGUGUAAGAAGUUCUCAAAAAGGCAUCAGAGUUGACUAAGUUAAAGGAGUGUGUUUUAUUACUAAAACUGGCUUUUGCAGCAUAAUUCCUAGAGCAGAAUAGUUUAUGGUUACAAGCUGUAACUUAACAUUAUUUUUUUAAGUACAAAUGUUUACUUGCUACCGGGUACCUAUGGAACUAAUAGGUGGAACAAAGAUUUUUUUCCAAGUCUCCUCAAAUCUAUUUGACUAUUUUAUAUUUAAGUUAUAUUUUCAUACAGUUGUAUUUAAAGAUUCUCUUUGUCAGAGAAAAGGGUGCAGUUCCCUUUUUUUGUGCAGAACAGGUCAAAAUAUUUGUAGUGAAAAUCUUAUUUAUCCUUAUGUCCUGGUUUAAGACAAAGGGAUUGCAAAGGGAAGAGCUCUCUGUCACUGCUGAAGUCACCAAAUAUCACUAAAAAUGCAGUCCUAUGUGUGCUUUCAACCACAUAAUUCGAAAAUACCUUUUUUAAUAGGAGGUGGUGUUUGCAUAUUUGACAAAUGUGCACUUUAGUGUAUGACAAAAAUCCGUUGUGAUGGUUAUUUGUGAAAUGAGUAUCUGUGGAUGACUCAUUAUUUCUGUUCCUGCAAGUCUCUUGUGCAUACCUCUCAAAUGACCCAAAAGAGAUGGAACACUUCUGACACUUUUCCUUUUGUAGGGCCUGUGGUACAGGGCCGUGAUCUGACUGAAGCAGUUGUGCUACAAUAUUGCAAAAAACAAUUCUGUCCCUUGUUUUUUUUUUUGGAAAAACAAUCCUGUAUUUAAUGUGCUUAACAGCAACAACAAAAAAAUGUCUCCUGUUUCAUUUCUAUAAAGUCUCAUUAUGCUUUAGCAGUUAAAAAAACAAACAACCCAAGGGGUACAGUGCAGUUGUUACUACAGAAUUUCUGUGAUUUUCAGUGUCUCUCUUCUGGUAGUUGACAACACAUGCUCGUCUGAAACCUAGCAGACAUGUUUGCAGUGACAUCCUUUUGCUUUGCAUGUUUCCUCAAUGGUUGUUUCUGACAGCUUUCCUUGCUUAGCUAAACCUUGUGCAGGACAAGGCGACGUGUCAAAGAGGUGACAACAGAGCUUAAGUGCAAAUCUGUUGUAGGAUCUGGACACCGGGAAAGUCCCAAGCCUUAAACCAAAACAGUUUCAUUGGAAAACUGCUCAGAACUUUGUAAGAUUUUUUUACAUUUUUUUAUAGAUUUACUAGGUCUUAAUGUGAUUUAUUAUCCAGACCACUUAAAUGGGCCUUAGUAAAUGCUGAGCUGUGUGCUCCCGUGCUUACUGUCCCUACUCCAGCAUUCCCUUUCCCUGCGUGGCUGCCGAGGUGAACACGAUGCUCCCAGACCUCAGCGUGUCCAGCCGGCUCCAAGGGCCAUUUUACCAAACCUGAGGUUUUAGUUGAGCCACUGACCUUCGUUACUGUGCACUGAAAUGUCAGAACUGCAAUAAGUUACAGCACUAGUGUUUCUUUUAGACUAAAUCUACAAACUAAUGACAUCAGGAGCUUAAUUGAGUUCUUUUUGAUGUCGGGGGGGGGGGGGUA